GACCUUUCCACGGAGAUCCUGCGUCCUGGUUGCGACUUUGGCGCUGCGUUAAGACGAGAAAACACCGACCUCAGCUGUCAGCUUUGAAUGUGGCCGCCUGCAUUGCCUUAUCACCUCUAACACUCCGGGUAUUGUUCCUCUUUAAUGACAGCGGACUUGCCAAACAAAAGCGGGAGUGACUUGAAAAGUGCGCGCAGAGAUUUUCUUUUUUGGCACAAGUGAAGUGACGAUAUCCCCCAAAUGGUCGCGAUGGGGUUUGAGUUGAAGAACACGUAAUCCCACUGAAACCAGCCUGACCCAAGCCGUUGUUAAGGUAACCGGGAAGUUGAAAAGGCGUUUUUUUCUUUUAUUCCGUGACCGCUGGGAUGUUGUGAACGGACGCGUCUCCGGGACAGAAGGAGCGGGGGACGCAGAAGGAAGAGAGGCGCACCAGGGCUGGACGAGCACCGGAGGGAUUAUGGCUCUCGCAACGGUUUUUCUCAGCCUCACCACGCUGGCGCUUACAAACUUGCACCUGUCGAGAGCCAGCAACCGGCAUGCGGUGUACUGGAACAGCUCCAACAUACUGUUACGAAGGGAGGGCUACACGGUGCAGGUCAGCGUCAACGACUACCUGGACAUCUACUGCCCACACUACAACACCAGCCAGCGAGGGACGCUUGAGCGCGUCAUAGCCGAGCAGUACAUCCUCUACAUGGUCAGCUACCGUGGCUACCGCACCUGUGACCCCCAGCUGGGCUUCAAACGCUGGGAGUGCAACCGGCCCCACGCGCCUCACGCACCCAUCAAGUUCUCUGAGAAGUUCCAGCGCUACAGCGCCUUCUCGCUGGGCUACGAGUUCACCGUGGGCCAGGAGUACUACUACAUCUCCACGCCCACCCACCACCACGGCCACAGCUGCCUGAGACUGAGGGUCUACGUCUGCUGCUCCACCGUCUCCCAGGCAGAUGAUGACUCCAGUCAGACUUCUCCCGACUACACGGUCAGGCCGAACAUCAAAGUACACAACAUCGAUGAAUUCAAUCCCGAAGUUCCCAAGCUGGAGAAAAGCGUCAGCGGCAGCAGCCAAUCACGUGACCGCCUUCUUCUCACAAUGGCGAUGCUGCUCGUGUCGUCCGUGCUCUUGUCCUAGCGACUGUCGCGCAGAGUGACGCUUCACGCAUAGCUGGACCGCCUUGUCCAAAGGGCUUUGUACCCACCUAUGCUGCGAGUUUCCCACGGAACACAGACGUGAAUCUAGAACAGAACCACAAUUGAAAGAACAGAAAAAAAAACAACAAUCCUUUAAUUUAACUUACAGAACUCAAAAGAGAAAGGAGAGGCCUUUUUGCUGUCAUAUUUACACUCCGUGUGUUGUUGGACAUUAUUAUCAUAUGAAUACCACAGCAUUUCCAUGCAGGUGCCACAACAUGGUGAUUCAGAAACAUGACUUCUAUGCUGCUGUUGUGCCCGACAGGCGAGGGAGAAAUUGGACCUAUAAUGAGCUGGAUGUAGACUACACACUCUUAUUGUAGCGUGGAUAUCAAACCACCUGAGGAAUUUAAGAAGGUGGCAAUUGUAACAGGAGCUGACUUUGCAGUGGAUUUUUAGGCCUUGGACCUCGGGGACCACGUGUGCUGACGGAUUAAACUCAGCUUUGAUGUAGUGAGGAGCGAGCUGGACUCUGUGGAACUGUGCUGAUCUCACCUGGACUUUACAGGAUAUUCAUAUAAUCAGUGAGUGAUGAGAACUGCUGCCACUGUCCCGGACACAGAGGAAUGUUUUCACACCGGAGCGAGGGAGGUGUUGGUAAUAAGAGCCUGAGGUGUUUCUUAAAAUAAAAAAGGGAGAGACUUUGCGAGGAUUUCCACAGGCCUUUCAAGAAUCCAUUUUCUCCAGACACCAGAAAUACCCCCGGCUUUGUGAUAGGUACAGAUGCAAAGCCUGCGUUUCUUAGAAGAUAGCGAGUACCCUCUGAGAACUAGUCCUUUGUCUGCAUUUCCUGCCUUCACACAACCCCGAGAAAAAUACAGACCCUGGACUAGUAAUUUGACGGCACUUCGAUGUAGUAGCUGUACUAGAUGUGUGUUUUGUUCCGACGCAUUUACCCUCAGCACUCGCCGUAGAUUCUCCAGAUGUCAGACGUUUUCUCCUCGCAGCCAGUCACUCAGAACGCGCCGCUAAUUUACAAUCCUUAAAAACCUCUCUAGGUAGCAAGUUCCCUUUCAAUCCGCAGACAACCCCCAUCCAUUCCUUUUCCACAUCUGAGGUUCCCAGCCAUAGUUGGCACUGAUGGCCAUUACAGCAGCUGCGGUCACCAUGGAAACGACCCCAUACAGUCGCCAGAGUGCGGCAGGUGCCUGAGGAGAAAUAGUGCUUUGAGUCUCAAAGUAACGCUGCCGCCAUUUUAUAAUAUAACAGAGAAAAAUAAAACAAAAAAAACCAACCAAACACGUGUGAAUGUGCAAAUAGAGGUCACUUUUUUAUAUUGUAAUACAGGACAAUGUAGGCUGGCAGUAAUCAGAUUACAAUGUUGUGCUUUUUAAAUUGAUUUCGUUUACAAAUGUAUUUAUUUUAACAUUAAAAUAUAUUAUUUAUCUACCUAAUUUAUUAGUGUGCAUUUGUAGGCCUUUGCUCAAUAAGCUCUUGUGCCAUUUUUUUAUUCUUUUCUUUUUUUCUUUUUUUUUUAAACAGUGGAAUUUUUACUGCAGCAUUUUUUGCUUGUGUAGAUAAAUAGUCGGAUGUAAUUCAGCCUGACGGACAGAGGAGGGUUAUUGGUUUUGACUAAUCAGUGGGGACAUGCACUCAGUUACACUACUCAUGUAACAGAUACUGCUAACCACAUUAUGUUGCUGAAGACCAUGUCACAACCCAACUGUGAAUGCACCAGACAGACGAUGGUGAUGAAAGGGCAGCGUUACUCAAGUGCUGCUCUUGUAAAACGAAGGAGUCUGCAUUGUAAUGUACAUUUAUAAUACAUGCCGGUUGUGGAAUGUGCGUGUGUGUAUGAGUGUGUGUGUGUGUGUGUAGGAGUGCAAGCAAGAAAAAACAAAACGUGUGCACAGUUGUGUGCGUAUGUAUGUAGAAUGUGUUUGUCCGCGCUUUUUCAAGUAUGUGGCAUUUAGACAUUUCGGACCCGUCAAGGAGUCGUCUGUAGGAUCUGAAUAUGCAAGUGUGUAUGAGAGAAUGUGCUCUGCUGUAAUGUUAGUUUAUGGGGGCUUGGGAAGCGGAUGAAAAGCAUUUACUGAUGUUGGAGACAACCACAAGAAAUGUGUUUACCUUUGACAAGAAUGAAUUAAAAAAACAAAACUGUAAAUUGAACCAAGAAUGAUUAAAAACGUUGCCAAUUAAAAUGUUUUUGCAAAUUUAA